AUGGGAAGCCGAAGUAGAUCUCGAGCGGUAAAGCCGAUCGGAAGUGGCUUUUCGCAUCUAUCUGUCAAAGGAAACCAUCGCAUCAUCAUCGGAGUUGACUACGGAACAACAUACACAGGCAUAAGCUAUAUUGACUCAUCGAACACUGCCCAGUGUAGUAUAAGAGACGUUCAUGAUGUUCGUACGUUUCCAGGUCCUGGAAAAGAGGCCAACGCAGUAUGGAAAACGCCAUCGAGGAUUGCCUACAGCAAGGAAAACCAGGGAUGUACUGAGAACCAGUUUGGCUUUCAAGUGACUCCAAAGAUGAUUAGCUAUAGCUGGACCAAGCUCUUGCUUGACCAACAGGCUCGCACCACUGAUUUUGACGACCCGUCGCUCAAACAAUCGGAAGGAGAAGGUAUGCUAAAGCUGCCUUGUCACAAGACUGCCACCGAUGUGGUGACCGACUUCCUUAGCGAGAUUUACGACUGGACCUUGCAAUAUCUGGAGAAGAGAGUGUCACCGGAGAUUCUCGCUGUGACAGCAUUAGAAUUCUGGUUCACGGUUCCUGCCAUUUGGUCCGACCAGGCAAAAGACGCAACAUUGUCAGCUGCUAUGGCUGCGGGGUUUGCUUCGGGAGCCCAAGACCGUAUCUUUCUCGUGCUUGAGCCGGAGGCAGCUGGAGUAGCAACAUUGAAAGGUUUUUCAGAGAGAAACUCUGCAGCAAGCGUUCAGCGUGGUGAUGGAGUUCUUAUCUGCGACUGCGGCGGUGGUACUGUAGACAUAACUUCGUACAGCGUACUACAAGUCGCACCUAAACUCGAGUUCGAAGAAAUUGUUCCGGGGACCGGUGGAAAGUGCGGAUCAACUUACAUCGACCGAGAGUUUCACAGAUGGAUGUCACAAACCUUCGGCCGGAAGUUUGACCAGUUGAAAUUCGAGAAGAAAGGACCGGGGUCUCGGUUUAUGAAGGAAUUCGAAUGCCACAAACGCGACUUCGGUUACUCGGACAACCUCCUCGACCAACUGUAUGAACUCAACCUCGUGAUUCCACAGGCUGAAGAUUCGGAAUUCUACGACGGGGACGAGUCUGUUGUCAAGCUGAAUGGACGCACGAUGUUGAGUUUCUUCGAACCUGUUGUCAAGAAGAUCAUCGCCCUACUAAAUCAGCAAAUUGACGCAGCAAACAGAAUCAGCAAACAGUGUAUCAUAAAUCGUGUUGUCCUUGUUGGUGGUUUCGGAGAUUCACCCUACUUGAACACUCAAGUGCGAAAGUGGUGUCAGACAAAAGACAUAAGACUGACAUGCCCAGAAGAUCCACAAGCAGCUAUCGCUCGUGGAGCAGCCCUUCGGGGACUAGACUCUAUCGCGCCGAUUCGAAGAAGAUGCAGACGUCACUAUGGUAUUGGGGUCUGGAUGUUAUUUCGAGAAGGAAUAGACCCUGAAUCGUCUGCUAUGAGUUGGGAGUGGACAGGAGAAAAGAUGUGUAGAUCGCGGAUAGAUUGGACCAUCGAAAAAGGCCAAAUCAUAGAUGAGCAGACGAAAAUCAGUAUGCCACAGGUGCACAUGUUAUAUGAAAGAGAAGGUAUGACUCAAGACGCUAGGCUCUACUCCUGCACGUCGGAGGUGCCACCAGACUAUCAAUGGGAUCCAUCAGUUGAGAAGGUCGCGGUGCUUAAGCACACGCUACAACAAUCUCAUCUCGAAGCUUUCGAGUCGAAAAUUUCAGACGGAUACAAGUGCUGGAAAAUUGAAUACACCAGAGAGGUCUGUCUGGGAUCAAAAGAGGGGACUCUGAAGUUUAGAGUUGUGCGGGAUAAAGAGGAGUGGGGAAGCACGGAGAUAAAUUUUGACACCAGAGGACGAAAGUGA